UUAAAAGUUCACAUCUUGCUUUAUUCUUCGGUAAAUCCAGUGCCAAAAAAAUUCUACAACCAGUCGGUUUAUUCAUAGGCAAUCUCAGAAAACGAUUUUAAUUAAUUAGUUAAAGUAAUAAACAACAUAGUUACAGUAUUUAGAUAGUGUUUAGAAAUUGUAUGUGAAAUAAUUACAUGCAUAUAUGUAAGUAUGUAUGUGUCAGAAUGUAUAUAUGCAUACAUUCGAUUAAGGAUGCUAACUAAAGGACCAUCAGUAGCGGACAAGAGUGACAGCAAUAACUUAUAUUGUAAUAGUAAUGUAUACAAGGGGUGAUCAAAACCGGACCCACACAACAACAACAUCAUUAACAAGAAAGAUAGGCUUAGUUUGGGUGCAACCGAACAUUUUAUACUCUUGCACGAAUCAAAGCCGGGAUGAAUUCUUAGACGUUAUCUACUGGGCGAGACAGAUUUUUGGCAUUCUUUUAGGCAUAGUAUGGGGCAUUGUGCCAUUAAAAGGCUUCCUGGGAUUAGUACUAUUCGCUGGUAUCAGUUGUGGCAUUGUGUACAUUUAUUCCAUAAAUUUCCAAGGUAUUGAUGAGGAGGCUUACGGAGGCGCUUGGGAGCUGGUUAAAGAGGGUUUUAUGACGUCAUUUGCGGGUUUUCUUGUGACGUGGAUAAUUUUCUAUACUGGACUGCAUUAUGAUACUAUAAUGGCUGAGAAGGAGCUGUCAUAAAGCAGUUCCCAAAGUUAAGGAUUGCAGAUUUGUUUUAAACCAAAACACCACAGACUUAAGCUCAUCAACAAAAUAUCUAUCGAAAAUAUCUAUUAAAAUUUUAUCCCAUUAUCAAUGCAAUAUGUUAAAAGCCAGUGGUCCACGGGCGAAAUAGUUCAGAAAAUGUAAAAAAGUGACCGAUUUGUCCCCAACUAUCUAAGCAGUUCCUUACAGUUAAAUGUAUAGCUUUCGACCAUCAUAAUUUUAAAACUAUUAGUUAAUAGAAUUAGAAAAUUUACGACAAACGUAAUUAAUUAUACACUGAGAUUCGUUCCUCACACGUUUCUGCAUUUCUCAGCAUUUUGUCUUUAGAUGUGCUGCGUAAAUGUACCACUAUCGUACGUGUUUAAAUUUUUCUAUUAAAAAAUAAACGUUUAAAUGCCGUUAGUUCUUAAAA